AUGGCUGCCAUAUGCAAACAAUAUUUUGAAAAGUUCAAAGCUCGUGUGAGUGGGCUAUAUGCUAAUAGCUUACUUAACCUCGUGCUCGGUCUCAUUGAAAUGAAGACCGGUGUUGAAUCUCCAAUUAUUGCUAUGGGACUAUUCGGUGUUCUUGCUACUUACUUGAUGUUCGGUUGGUGCAAUUAUGCUGUUUGUAAUUUCAUUACACUAAUCUAUCCAUUAUGUACCUCAGUAAUGGCUAUUAUGUCAGCUGACAUGAGCGAUCAUAAACAUCUACUCACCUAUUGGAUUAUUCAUUCAUCACUUGGCUACAUUGAAUAUAUUUUGCAUGUAGUUUGUGAUUUCUUACGAGUUUAUUGGCUUGGUAAAUUAAUAUUCUUUUUAUGGUUUAUUAAAUCUGCACCACCUUCGGUUGAAUCUAGUGAAGAACCAGAAAUGACUCUCGAUUCUAUUCCAGAGCCUACUAUUCCAGAGCCUACUAUUCCAGAGCCUACUAUUCCUCGAAAGAAAGCAACAGCAAGUAAUUUUAAAAGAACCCAAGUUAAUUUGCCACUACGUUCUGCUGAACUCAGUCGCGAUGUCAAGUGGGCACCAAAUGGUGUUGUCGUUGCUGGAGGACAUGGAAAUGGUGGUGAUCUAAACCAAUUAUACGCUCCUCGUGGUGUGUUUGUUGAUGAAGACCAAAAUGUUUAUGUGGCCGACUUAUGCAAUUAUCGUAUUGUUGCAUGGGCAUCCGGUGCAACUGAAGGUCGAGAAGUGGUCGGUGGAAUUUAUCAAAAGACUAUGAUAGAGAGUUUCAGUGGUCCAGCAGAUCUGCUCAUUGACAAAAAUUCCGAUAGCUUUAUUAUUUCUGAUGACACCAGUAAACGUGUAGUACGAUGCCGUCGCCAAGGUGAUACAGAAUGUGAAAUAAUUAUUUCAGGUGUCGAGGCCAAAGGUUUGGCUAUCGAUGAAAAUGGAUCUAUCUAUAUAGUGGACGGUGAAAACAAUGAAGUUAUACGAUAUAAUAUUGGUGACAGUGAAGCUACGAUUGUUGCAGGUGGUAAUGGAGCAGGUGAUGCUCUUAAUCAACUGAACUGUCCACAUUCCGUUUUUGUCGAUCAAGACUAUUCGGUGUAUGUGUCAGAUGAAGACAAUCAUCGUGUUAUGAAAUGGGCAGAUGGUGCCACUGAAGGUGUUAUUGUUGCUGGUGGUCAAGGAAAAGGUGACAGUUUAUCACAAUUCAGUUCUCCUCGUGGAAUCGUUGUGGAUCCAUCAGGUACUGUUUACGUAACUGAUUUAUCGAAUGCACGAGUAAUGCGUUGGUUCAAAGACGCCAAACAAGGUGAAGUCAUUGCCGGCGGAAACGGUGAAGGAGAAGAACCUAAUCAAUUAACAUCGCCCUCUAGUUUAGCAUUCGAUAAACAUGGUAACCUAUAUGUUUCCAAUUUAGGCAGCGCUCGUGUGGUGAAAUUCGAGAUUGCUUAA